AUGGUACAAGAGCGUCUCGCCGUGCUCAGCAUGAAUAUCUUCUGUCGUCCUGAGGGCAUCCACAGUGGUCAGUGGUUUCAUACAGGUGAUUAUAAAGAUCUUCGCAUUGCGCUGUUACUUCGCAAGAUGGCCAAGUUUGAUGUCGUUAUUCUUCAAGAAAUGUUUGAAGCUGGAGUGCGACACCAACGUUUUGUACGAAAAGCAUAUGCUAUGGGCUUUCGCUAUCACUGUGGCUCUGUGUGGCCAAAGUUACUCGACCUACGUCUUAUUGAUGGAGGACUCUUGAUCCUCAGUCGUUACCCCAUUGUACAGCGCGAUCAGCUUGCGUUCUCACAAGGUUCUGGUAGUGACGGAAUGUGUGCUAAGGGUGUGCUUUACGCUCGCAUUCAACUCUCACCACAUCUCUCACAUUCACUUCACGUGUUCACUACCCAUACACAAGCUGGGGACAACUUGAAAGACUACAAUAUUCGUCUCGCACAGCUCGAGGAAAUGCAUAAAUUUAUUGGUCAAACGAUCCACGAAAAUCUUGGAGGGCCUAUUCUUAUCACGGGAGAUUUUAAUCUUGAUGCUCGACAUGAUCUUAUCCAUGACUUCAAAACCGGAUCUGUGACCUCAAUACGAUGUCGAGAAAGCAAAGUGUACCAGCAACUUAUUGAAAACCUCGAGCGUGUAGUGAAACAAGCGAGACAAAAAUCUGCGGUAGAAGCAUGUUCGGACACUUUGGUCAUUGAUCUGAUGAAACGAUGUGAUACGACAAAAUUGGGCGAUGAACUCCACCCUAUCACGAAUGGAGACGGCCAUUCAUCACUUGUUCAUCUAUCAGAUCCUUUAUCGCUCGAUAAGGAUGGCAAGUGCAUUGAUUACAUGUUUUUUAUUCCAGGGGAUGCUCAAACAGAUCAGAAGCAUCUUGAUAGUACACCGUUUCAAUUUACAUUAGAGGAAAUGGGUACAACAGUGGAUCAUUGUACGGUCAAAGACCUUUUUGACAGUAAGAACGAUGACGAUCAGGUGACACAACGCCUACAUCAAUUAGAUGUGCAUCCAGUCACGCACUUGUCUGACCACUAUGGACUACGUGCCAACUUCCUCCUGGAACUAACGAAUCUGAAGUGUCCAGACGGUUUACCGGUGGGAAAGAACGAGCCAAUUGCUUCAGUAUUGCAACUUUACUUUCCUCAAAGUGCCUAUGCGCAACAACCUCAACGUCUCUGGAAGUUGAAGCUUGCUUUCGCACUAUUUCUAAUUCUUGCCUCGACUAGCAUCGUCAUUUUCCUUUUCGUUUGUUCUAUAUUGCGCUUUAUUACAUAA